UCAUUGUUUUUUUUUGUUUUCAAUUGAUGGGGUUUUGAGAUUUAGAAUGGACUUGAAGAAACUUCCAUUUUCUGAUUCUUCUCCAAGAAGAAAGGUAGUUGUUUCUGGCUUUGGUUUGGGUGUUGCUGCUUCUUUCAUUUUUGUUUGUAUUCUAUUGUUGAAUUAUUCAUUCAAAUCUCCAUUUGUAACCCCUGUUUUUACUGGUUUUAGUUACAGUGAUAAUAAUAAUAGUAAUAGUACGCUCAUUUCUUGGCCUUUCUCUUUCUCUAAUGCUAGUGUUAGUUUGAGUUCCAAAGCUUCACACAAUGUGGAAAAUGGAAACUUUAGUGUUCAAGAAACCAAGAAAAUUGAUGAAAGUGGAAUAUUUUCCAAUUUGGGGGAAAAGGGGGAAAUUUUAGGAAAUACCCACGUCCUCAAUUUCUCUGAAAAUGUAAAAAAUGAAAGCUUUCUUGUUCAAGAAUCAGGAAUUGUCAAGAAAACCCAUGGGUCAGAAAUUGAUGGGAAUGGAACUGUUUUGGGUAUCCUAGAUUCCACCAAGUAUAAUGUGACCUCAACUUAUAUUAAGGAUGUUGUGAGAUCAAGUGGUGGUGAUAGGAAAAAAGUUGCAGUGGGUGAGGGUAAAGGGGGUUUAUCUGUGGAGAAGAAUGGUGUGUUGUUUCAAAGUGAUGGAGAAUUAUUGAUUAGACGUGACAAGGAUUUUUAUGGGGAUUGUGAUGUAUAUGAUGGUGAAUGGGUUAGAGAUGACACGAAGCCAUAUUAUCCUCCGGGUUCUUGCCCUAUUAUUGAUAGAGAUUUUGAUUGUCACCUUAAUAAGAGGCCAGAUGAUGAGUAUAUCAAGUGGAGAUGGCAGCCAUAUGCAUGUGACAUACCGAGCCUCAAUGCAACUGAUUUUCUGGAGAGGUUGAGAGGGCAAAAGCUUGUUUUUGUGGGGGACUCAUUGAAUAGGAACAUGUGGGAGUCCCUUGUUUGCAUUCUUCGCCACAGUAUUCGAGACAAAAAGCGAGUUUAUGAGAUAUCAGGAAGGCAUGAAUUCAAAAAGAAGGGCUUCUAUGCAUUCAGAUUUGAGGAUUAUAACUGUUCUGUGGAUUUUGUUAGUUCCCCGUUUCUUGUCAGACAAUCAACUUUUAAAGGGAAAAAUGGUUCUUUUGAGACGCUAAGAUUAGAUUUGAUGGACAAGACGACUUCAAUGUAUAGUGAUGCUGAUAUUGUAAUUUUCAACACUGGUCAUUGGUGGACUCAUGAGAAAACCUCCAGAGGGGAAGACUACUACCAGGAAGGUAAUCAUGUGCAUGGAAGGCUCAAGGUUUUAGAGGCAUACAAGAGAGCGAUUUCCACUUGGGCAAGGUGGGUGGAUCAGAACUUUGGUGGAAGCAGAACUCAAGUUAUUUUUAGAGGAUAUUCAGUCACACACUUCAGGGGAGGUCCAUGGAACUCAGGCGGGCAGUGCCAUAAAGAAACCGAACCAAUAUUCAAGAAGGCUUAUUUGGCAAAAUAUCCUUCAAAGAUGAAAGUCCUACAUCACGUCCUUCAUAACAUGACGACCCCUGUCAUUUAUAUGAACAUUAGUAGGCUUACAGACUACCGGAAAGAUGGUCACCCGUCGAUAUACAGAAAGGAGUACAAGACAGUAGAAAAACAAAUGGCUGGAGUACACUCUCAGGAUUGCAGUCAUUGGUGCCUACCAGGUGUACCGGACACUUGGAACGAGUUGUUAUAUGCAUCUCUCCUGAAAAGCAGAAAAGGCUCUUGGAAGAACUGAACUUGAACUAGACUUUUUCUUUUUGGUCAUUCUUUUGUGUUUUUUGGUACUUGUCAAUAUAAAAAAAAAUACGGUAGCGAUAUGGAGAUUCUUGUGUAUUAGAUCAGUCUUGGAGUUGGGUGGAAGUUGAUCUGUAAAAUUUGUACAACCUUUGCUAUUGAGGAAAGUAAAAAAAUGAUAAAGCCUCCUGAUUUUACAAUA